UCAUGCAAAGAAAGUUAAAAAGUUCUAUUGCCGUACUUGAGUCUCCAAAUUUUUCGCCAACAUUUUCAUGAUUUGGAUCCAUUCGCUUAAAAAUACGAAGGAGGAAUUCCAUGAGGAUGAAAAUUUCACCAGCUUCACAUCAAAAUCAUCAUAACUUUUCAUCGAAUAAAGAUAAUGCCACACAGUACCAAACAAGGACGAAUCUGAGCAGAGCGGAGGGCGAACCCGAUGGAGCUAAUAAGGAAACCCAGGCAGAGCAUCAGCAUCAACGCAGGAUUUUUAUGAAUACUAAUGAGGUAGUUUUUAAUUACGCGUGCGAAUGCAGCGCCGACACAACCGCGGAGAGCAACAACGCCCCCGUCAUCGUAUUCAGACCGAAUCUCGUGGAUGAAAUUAUGCGAAAGUUCUCGAGUGCUUUAAUCAACAUCGGCCAUUAUCUUAGAUCAGAAAGAGCUCGGCUGAGCCCGCCGGAAGUUUCCGCAGUUUCCGCCAAGCUCGGCAAACUUUUGACGGAGUCCGACUCGGGGUUUGAAAAGCCCCCGCGCGGUAAAAAUCCAGAGCGUUUAAAUUCGCCCGAGCUUCCGGCGCCGGAGCGGGCUAAGCCGGACCCGCUCCGCAUCAAGGAGACCGAGGCUUCGAGAAAGAGACGCGCCGCCAACGCUUUGAAAAAGCAGCGGAUCGAGCAGAAAGAACGGCAGGGCCUCAGAACGGAGCGGAACUCGAGUCCCUGUCUCACGAACCCCCCGAAAAAAUCCAUCGGCGAUACUCAGGGGCUGCCUGAUCGGUCGGUGAGAGCCGAGUUCAGGAGAGAUACUCAAGAAUCCAAAUCAUUGGAACCAAUUAAAACGCCGAGAGAACUGUCAUGCGAUUCACUCGAAGUCCCAUCGACGAGAGUUCGGCAUUUCAAACCUGUAAAUACUCUCGCAAAUCAUCACUCGGAGUUUAGGAUGACAGGAUCAUUGCGAUCGCACCCGAACAUCCGGUUCAAAGAAACUGUCGCGUACAGGAAAAGACGCGCACAAAUUAUUUCCAACAUGCGAAAAAAAGACGAAGAAGAACGGAAACUGAAUGAAAUACUACCCUGGAACUCAAACAAACGCUCUUCGACAACUCCUAGAUACUCGGAAUAUCCGAAGACAUAUCUGGAAUACACGGAGUAUCCAAAGACAGCUCCGCAAUUCACGGAGUAUCCAAAGAUAGAUCCGCAAUUCACGGAGUAUCCGAAGAUAGAUCCGCAAUUCACGGAGUAUCCAAAGAUAGACCCGCAAUUUACGGAGUAUCCGAAGACAAUUCCGCAAUUCACGGAGUAUUCGAAGACAGCUCCGCAAUGUCGUCACUAUCCAAGGACAACCCGGAAAUCCUCGGACUUUCCGAAAUCAACUCCGAAAUAUUCAGAAGACCUGAAGAAAGCUCCACGAUACUCGGAUUAUAGUGAGUUUUUCGAGGAAACGUUACACCCACCUUAUUCCAGCAAUCUAGGUGCUGCGCAGUAUUCGGAUGAUAGCUACUCCCUGGCGCACCACGCAUACCAUGCUGCUGAGGCUAGCAUGCGCGCAAAGCUGAGGAAUAGACGAAGAUUCUCCAAAAAGCGUAGUUCUAAAUUUUUCCCGAGAUUCGUCCUGGACAAUUGCAACGACAGCACUGAAAGCAGCUACACCAGUCCGCACUCUGGCUAUCACGAAUCGCCGAGGACGUUCACCUAUCGACCAACCGUCUGGAAAAAUCCGAUGUUUGACGAAGAGAACAACCAGAAAGAGUAUGUGUGGGAUUCAUUGGACACGGACACUUCUGAGCCUGGAAGUCUAGAAGAGAACCGGAGAUUGGAGAGGGAAAAAGAGUGUAUCGGUGCGGUUAAAAAGAAGUUAGCUUCUUCCUUGCCUUUCCUUUCCCGUUCGGAUUCCUUGCCGAAGAAGUUGAGUAAAAUGUCAUUGACCGAACUUCCGGAAAAACUUUUUCCAGAGACUUGUCGGCUUUUGAAUGAUUGCUCCUCAACAUCCGCGAAUCAAAAGCCAGAGCAGGAUAUGAUGAGAGAAAACUAUGAUGUGCAAUCAACUUGUUUACAGGUUCCGCAAAGCAAUAAUGAUCAUUUGGGUAGUAAUGACUCCGAGAAACAUGAAGUGUAUUCAAAGCGUUUACCUCACCCAUGGGGCUCUUGUAACAUGUACCAUCAACUUUCAACAGAUUCCGGUAAGGAUAAUGAGACUUGCGAGCAGCCACAUGAUCCAAAACCGCCAUCAUCGUUGUACUCCCAGAAAGAUCCAAGAACAGACGGUUCAGUCUACUACACACCAGGUUUCACAUCGGAUGAGGACUGCUGGAGCACAUCAAGUGGAUCAGGUUAUGAAACGCCUUUGGACAUUGAGGUUGUUUCUGAUUGAAUCAUUCAUUUUGAAGCUAUUCAAGAUUCUAGUCUAUUAUUUGUUUUCAAGUUAGAUAUACAAUUCAACGCUCGAAAAUGUCGCCUGAAGUUUACGAGUCGCUUACCUAAUUCCUCAUGUAGACAACAUGUCAUGAAAGCGGUCCAAAUAUCCUGUAUUAAAUUUAGCUAAAACUAUUUUUCAUCCUAAUUCUUGUUCCAUGUAUCGCAUAUUUCAGAGGAGUGCAAACUGGAGUAUUUGACAAUCUCAGAAAUGAUGAAUAUUAUUUGUCCGUCUGUCUCUCUUUCUUUAUUUAUUCCGAAUUAGUUCUAAUCAUUGUUAAUGCUGAAAGUUAACCUCUUUUUCUUUGUCAUAAAUUGAGUUAAAUCUA